AUGACGGUAACAAACCACUGGAGCAAUAAGUCGGUUAACACACUAUUGGAGUUUUUAACAAAACUUUUACCAAAAGAUAAUUUGGUUCCAAAGUCAUUUUAUGAAGCUAAGAAAAUACUUCGUGAUUUGGGCUUGUCAUAUGAGUUAAUUGAUGCUUGUAUAAAUGAUUGUGUACUCUUUUGGAAGGAAAAUGCAAGGUUAGAUAAAUGUCCAAAAUGUAAGGCAUCCAGAUACAAGAUCAAUCGUGGCAGGGGUAAGAAGAUUCCCCAUAAGGUGUUGCGGUACUUCCCAUUAACACCAAGGUUGAAAAGAUUGUACAUGUCAAGAAAGACUGCUGAGGACAUGAGAUGGCACAAGGAGAAACGUAUAGAUGACGGAGUAUUGAGACAUCCCGCCGAUAGUGAUGAAUGGAAGGAAUUUGAUGUGCAACAUCCUCAGUUUGCCCUGGAGCCUCGAAAUGUGAGGCUAGGGUUGGCUGUUGAUGGAUUCAAUCCUUUCAGGAACAUGAGCAACUCGUAUAGUUUAUGGCCUGUAGUACUCAUUCCUUAUAACUUGCCACCUUGGUUGGUUAUGAAAGAUCCCUUUCUUAUGAUGUCACUGCUUAUUCCUGGAGAAUCACAACCAGGGAUCGAUAUUGAUGUCUACAUGAGACCUCUGGUGGAUGAGUUGAAUGAGUUGUGGAAAAAUGGCGCAUUAUCUUACGAUGCCGUAACUGGUGAGUCUUUCCAGAUGCGUGCAGCUUUGAUGUGGACUAUACACGAUUGGCCUGCAUUUGGUGACAUAUCUGGGUGGAGAACAAAGGGUCAUUAUUCUUGCUACACUUGCAAUGAUGAACCAUAUUUUCAAUUCUUGAAAGUGGAAAAGAUAUUAGAGCAAUUGGACAGAGUGACAGGUGUCACAUAUGGGAAGCAUCCAAGAAAUAAGAAAAGACUCUGUCAGGAACCAAAUUGGACAAAGGUAAGCAUCUUGUAUGAGUUACCAUACUGGAAGAAACAGAAGCUUCGACACAACAUUGAUGUUAUGCACGUCGAGAAGAAUUUUAAUGAAAAUACCUUUGGAACUAUGUUAGGCAUUGAUGGAAAGAACAAAGACACCGACAAAGCACGGAUGGACUUAGAAGAUAUGGGUAUAAGGAAAGAGUUGUGGUUAACACAUCGUCCUGAUGGAACUUAUGUCAAACCUAGGGCAAUCUUUUCAUUGACCCCUGAAGAGAGGGAGGGUUUCUUUGAAUUCUUGAAAUCAGUGAAGUAUCCGGAUGGCUAUGCUGCAAACAUAUCAAGAUCAGUGAAUGCGAGAAAUGGUAAAUUAACAGGCUUGAAAAGUCAUGACUGCCAUGUACUCAUACAACGGAUUCUUCCAAUUGGGAUGCGUGGUUACGUAGACAAAGAGAUUAGUAAAACACUAUUUGAGUUAGGUAGCUUUUUCCAAGAUUUGUGCUCAAGGACACUGCGCCGUAAUGAACUUGAGAAAUUAGAGGAACGUAUAGUACACAUAUUAUGCAAGCUUGAAAAGAUCUUUCCUCCAGCCUUCUUUGAUGUGAUGGUUCACUUGGCCGUUCACUUGCCGCAUGAGGCUAUUCUUGGAGGACUGGCGCAAUAUCGAUGGAUGUACCGGAUUGAAAGUUUGUUACAAACUGAGCUCGACCAGAAGGUUCAAUCGCAGAGGCUUACAUUGUCAAAGAGUGCAUUACUUUUUUGUUCAAUGUACGUUGAUGGGAUCGAAACAGUGCAUAAUCGACCCGAACGAAAUCAAGAUUGUGGCGAACGUCGCAAAGGGUUAACUGUAUUCACAGAAACUGCCCGUCCUAUUGGCCUAAUCACAAGGGAUGUUGAUAUGUCACAAGAAUAUUGUGAUAUGGCUCAUUGGUUCUUGUUGAACAAUAGCCCCGAGAUAGAGAAGUAUCUAGAAGAUGGUGUUGAAGCAGAAGUUGUUACAAGGGUUAGGUCAUCUGAUGAAACAAUGAUAGAGAAUAGAGCUGACAAACAAAAUGAAGAGUGUGACGAACCUGAUGUGGAUUACGAUAUGGAUCUUGAUGUAGACUAG